ACAGGAAGUACAAAGAGAUCGUAGCUAAAUAGUACACAUUGAAAUGUGACACCUGCAAUAGAUAACGGAUCAAGGUGAAACUAGAUACCUGUAAUCAAUUCCCUGUUCAUCGGUCAUUCUUCUUUACAAUUUUAUUGAAGCCGUUAAUCUCUUACAAUGUAUCGUAGAGUGUAACGAAUUGUGUCUGUGUUUACAGAAAUAUAAAUAUUGAUCGACUAAUUGCUGUAGUGUCAACAACAAUAGGUAAUUACAGGUAAAUAGUGGGGUCGUCACAGGUGAUCUGAAGUACCGCUAGACUAUCACAUUGAUUUACCUGUUCCAAUUCACAGCUAUUUAGUAUUCUGUGAUUUAUUUUACGAGCCUAUACCUUACAAUAGGGUGUCGUACAUUUAAAAAGUCACUACAUGCUCAAGCUACUGCAGAUAAAAUAGAAACAUUUCCAUGUGAGUGAACAGAAAAUAUUGAUAACACUAUAUACGGGCAAUUUCCAUUCUUGCAUGUUGUGCUGUAUAACAGAAAAAAGUGACAUUAUCUAUGCGGAGAAUCAACAGCAUUUAAUUACAGUGAUCUAGACAGAUUGGUCCUCGGCCAAGAUAUAUAGGUGUACUCGGACUGUUGUGGAUUAUCUUCGGAUUACCAUUCAUUUGGGUAAUCAGUUUACAAAAUUCAGAGGUUGGAUUACCAAAACAUCCAAGGACAGUGAGAAAUAAAUGAUCGGUGAGGAGUGAGUGAAGGACGGACGGUCAGACGGAGUACAAUUCAGGUCAUAAAACGGGUAUCUGCAGAGAAAUCUGUGGUUAUAAAAAGGACAGCUACACCAAUAUAUUUGUGUUUAAUGAAAAGGAGAUAUGGAUGGGUACUUAUAUUUAUUUAUGUUGAUGUCGCUGGAGAGUGUCUGACCACUGGAGAGUGUCUGACCACUGGAGAGUCACUGGAGAGUGUCUAACCACUGGAGAGUGUCUGACCACUGGAGAGUAACUUUUUGCUAAGUGGAUGAUCUGAUAUGCCUACAGCGUAUUUCUAAUCAGAGUUGUAGGUGUCUCGAUCAAUACAGAAACUUUAUAACUAUCGAAGUGCACGUCAGUGUAUAAGCUGUACUUAAGACCACGAAACUUAACGACUGUGACUCUUUUGUUGUUAUGUGGUUUUUUUUUACACUAUUAUGAUUUCUAGUGACAGAUUAAUGUCUAAACAGUAUUAACUAUUAAAUUCUUACCGUAAGUUAAGUAAAUUGUUGCCGAGUCCAAGGAAACAUGGAUGAUUGUGAAUGUGAAGACACUCCAGCCUCGGGGAGUGGAUUUCAUCGUGUGAUGAGCACCAGUGUUCUACGCAUUCCAAAACAGCGUAAAUCAUUUUGGCAAAGACACGCUGAUGAUUUGAUUGUCACGCCCUUCGCUCAGAUCCUGGCCAGUCUACGGAGUGUCCGUAACAACUACAUCACACUCACAAACAUCCAAGUGUCCAGAGAAAGGACGAGAGGCAGUGCCGCCACCACCACCACCACCACUACCACCACCACCAGUCCACACAAUGCUCACAACAAAACGUCCCAGACAACCUGUCAAAACUCAACACAGAACAACAAACUGGCAGAUGAGAACUACACCAAGCUGGCCAUGGAUACCCUAGAAGAACUUGACUGGUGUCUUGACCAGCUAGAAACCAUCCAGACUCAUCGGUCAGUUAGUGACAUGGCGUCCAGCAAGUUUAAACGGAUGUUGAAUCGAGAAUUGAGUCAUUUUGCGGAAUCUAGCAAGUCAGGAAACCAAAUAGCAGAAUAUAUCUGUAGCACAUAUCUAGAUAAACAACAGGAGCUUGAUGUACCAACAUUUAAGGUAGAAGAUCAUAAGGAUCAACCAAUCAGAGAGGAGAAAGAGGAAACGCCAGAAUCUGAACGAAGGCCGAUGACAAAAAUAACAGGUGUCCGCAAAUUAAAGCACGCCAACAGUUUCACAGGAAUCGUACCGAAGUUUGGUGUGGAAACAACACACCAAGAGGACCUCAGUCAAUGCCUUGAGAACAUUAACAUAUGGGGUGCUGACCUUUUCAAAAUAUCUCAAUUCUCCAACAAACAACCUCUUACCUGUGUAACCUAUAUGAUAUUCCAGGAACGAAAUUUAAUGAAAACGUUUCAGAUCCCCAACACAACUCUAGUCACAUAUUUAAUGCAUCUUGAGGAUCAUUACCACGCAGACGUACCCUACCAUAAUUCCAUGCAUGCAGCAGAUGUCGUACAAUCCACACAUGUUCUUCUCUCCUCACAGGCUCUCGAGAAUGUGUUCACAGAUUUAGAAGUUCUUGCAGCCAUAUUCGCAUGUGCAAUGCAUGAUGUAGAUCACCCUGGCUUGACAAACCAGUACCUUGUUAACACUAGUUCAGAACUUGCCCUCAUGUACAACGACGAAUCGGUACUGGAGAACCACCACUUGGCUGUAGCGUUCAAACUCCUGCAGGAGGAAAACUGUGACAUCCUCUUUAACCUCAACAGCAAACAGCGACAAACACUACGGAAAAUGGUCAUCGACAUGGUUCUAGCUACUGAUAUGUCCAAACACAUGAGCCUGUUGGCCGACUUAAAGACAAUGGUUGAGACAAAGAAAGUGGCAGGCUCUGGGGUACUACUGCUGGAUAACUACUCCGACAGAAUACAGGUGUUACAGAACAUGGUGCACUGCUCUGACCUCAGCAACCCCACCAAACCUCUCCAGAUGUACAAGAUGUGGGUUGACAGAAUCAUGCAGGAAUUCUUCAUCCAGGGGGACCUUGAACGGGAGAAGGGCCUGGAUAUCAGCCCCAUGUGUGACAGACAUACUGCUACCAUUGAAAAAACACAGGUCAGCUUCAUUGACUACAUAGUCCAUCCGCUAUGGGAGACCUGGGCAGACCUCGUGUUUCCAGAUGCUCAAGAAAUUCUCGAUACAUUGGAGGACAACCGUGACUGGUACUUGAGGAUGAUCCCCAUCAGUCCCUCAUCCAGCUUCUGUUCCUCACGGGAUAAAGAGGAGGAAUCACGCUUUCAAUUUGACCUUGAGGAGGACAGAGAUACCCUUAGUCAGGAGUCAGACGGUGACACACCAGUGACGAUAAAAUUUCCAAGUAGUAGUAGUAGUACAAACACUGGAACUGGUUCAAAAUGACAGACAGGUGGUGUGUUACCAUAACAAUGUUCAUCUUGUGAUAAAAAUGGCUGAUUGAUCCCACAGGUGUUGAUAGCUUGAUGGGGUGAAUUGUUGAGCCCCCAAAUAGACUGGAGGUAGUAUUCAUCAUUCAUCUCGAGGAUGCAUGUUUAAUCCUCAGCUGAUGAGGUGACUCGUCAGGACUGUUACUAAAUGCUGAAGGUCAUUAUAAAAUGGCUGGUCUCCCAAGCUUCCUUUGUCCGACCGUGAUAGCAACCACGACAACACAACAGUCUAAAUGUUUGUUUUGAACGUUAUUUAGAUCUCAACCAGUUGUUACUCUUUUUAUUUUUCAUGUGUUAAAAACAGAAAUGCUGAAACCUGAAUGAAUCUCGGUGCCAAGACAUUAUAACAUUAUGUGUUGACCUUGAGCCUACACUCUGGGCCAAGGUGAUACUAUAUCCCAGCUAGUAUGCCAGCUACUGGGUGUGACACACUAACAUUGUGGCUGUGCCGUUUGAUAUUAAAUUCUCAAGGGAAUUGUGUGUUACAUGCAUGAGUGCAUCUGGAUUGAUUGACAGUAGGUGUUUGUCCAGUCAGUUUUGUGACAGAAUAUUAUCUGCUGGUUUUGAUUGUGCUACUUACCUCUGAUAGAACGCUGAAUGAAGCGGACAUCUUGUCAGCUUGGACGCAAAUUUAGUCGUUGACGAUGAAGAUUUCGCGUCUCGCUCAAGGAAUUUCCUUUUGAUUGUGCUUAACUGUGAAUUAACAUUUCCAGUCGUAAAGCAGAACUUUAUCAGCAAAAUUACAUAUCUGAGAUAUGUUACCUUAGUGAUGGACUAAACCACUACAGGAAGUGGUUACUAUGGUUAUCUGUUUGAAAUCGUCCUUAGUACAGCACUAGUGAGCGAUCGUGGAUGGAAUUCGUGGAUAUGCUUGAAGGGUUGUAACGUUGUAUGUGUGAUUGAACUUUUGUGCUGACUGUAACACUGACAGCCCUAUAGAACUGCGAAAAGUCAGUGCUGCGAAGGACUAGGUCAAAAUUCGCAUUGUUUUGGUGAUGAAACAGCAAUUCAGGGCUUUCCUGUUGAAAUACUUAGUACGCAUGCUUACAGAGUGAACAAUAUUUGUCGAGAGUUCUUUUCAAGGCUUUGUGUGAAAAGUGUUUACAGAAGUGGAGAUGUUUUUUCGAGAAAACGAAAUGGAAAAUAAUACCAAAUACUCGUUAUUGACUAUUUCUUAUCGACGAAUGCUCUGUAUACAAGGACUGUUUAAGUAACUGAACAUCCAUCCACAGCACGAAGACCCAUUAUUUAAGUACCAUACCCGUGGAGGUACGGAGGUUUUCUACUCUUUAUGCUAGACUGAAUGUACACUUGUUUUCUAUACAUUCAAUUUGUUCCUUGUAGAUUUUUUUCUUCAAGUUUAGAAGAUAUCAACUCACGUAAUAUUAACUAACAUUGGUUAAAUACUAAAUCUGUUUCUCCAUCAUUUUAAUGAUGAAAUGGUUAACACAUUAUUAUGAAAUUUGUUAAAUUUUCAUGAUGACUGGCAAGCUGUGCUUUUUGUGAUUUUGUAGAGCUCUGUGAUUUUAUGGCCUUUCUUCCCUGAACCCCCAAUUUGUCGGUAGGAAAUCAGGUCUGCUUUUGGAAUUAAGGGUUGAAAGGGUUAGAAGAAACUAGGUACAGUUACAUAGAAACCUGCCUUCCUCAAAGUUACAGACUCGGGUGGUCAGCUGUUCAAUGCCUCAGUAACUUUUUUAAAUUUGCAGCAUAAUCUAUUUUUUAUGCAUAGAUUUUGGUUAUAUUGAAACCUGAUGUAUGAGGAUUUUAGUUCGAUGGUGACUGGUGCAAAUAUUAAAUCUUCACUUGUAGAAUACCAGUUUCUUCCCUCAAGACAUUUCAGAAAAAUAAUUGACUUUCACAUGGCAGUAUAUGUAGAAGUAUUAACACUGAAUUACUGUGCAGAUAAUUUACACUAUGGAUUUUGUGUUUCUGAAAAGAACUACCAAUUUUGGGCCAUUUUUUUACCCUUUCUUCAAGUUUUCUAAUCAUAACUGAACAUUAUAUAAGAACAAUUACGGGCAAAACAUUGUUGUGCUCUAUUUGAAAAUCUGGAUAACAGAAAUAAGUAAUUUUCCCCCCAAAAAGUAUGAGUUUAUGGCAGGAAGACAGGUUUGACUGUAGCUGACUGAUAAGUUUACUGUUAUAUCAUUGGCUAAGUUAUUACAGAUACUUGUUGAGGUUUUCUGGAAAUAUUAUACAUUAAGAAUUAUAUAUAUUAUUAUGAAUAAAGUGGAAUAAGUUCAAAGUAA